AUGAGCAGGCAGGCCGAGCAGUUUUCGGCGGCAGUGAAUCAGCGGCCUCCUAUUUCCGUCCAGUUGGCGCUCAUUCUGUCUCCAGAUGGGACGCCGUACACGUGGUGGGUGGGGAGGGGUAACGAGAAGCACUACUAUUGGGGGGGCUCCGGACCUGGCAUCCAGAAGUGCGCUUGCGGGAUCGAGAGGAACUGCACCGACCCCAAGUACUACUGCAACUGCGAUGCUGACCACCGGCAGUGGAGAGAAGAUUCUGGAGCCCUCAAGUACAAAGACCAUUUGCCCGUAAUCCAGGUGGCUGUUGGAGAUACCAGCCGAGCCAGCUCAGAGGCCAAGCUGACUGUUGGUCCUCUACGUUGUCAAGGAGACCGGAGUUACUGGAACGCGGCGGCCUUCACCACCCCCUCGUCCUACCUGCACUUCUCCACCUUCCAAGGCGAGACCAGCGCCGACAUCUCCUUCUACUUCAAGACUUCCUCGCCGUAUGGUGUCUUCCUGGAGAACCUGGGAAACACCGACUUUAUCCGUUUGGAGCUGAAGUCCCCCACCGCGGUCUCCUUCUCCUUUGACGUGGGAAAUGGGCCCGUGGAGCUAGUGGUCCGGUCUCCCACGCCGCUCGACGACGACCAGUGGCACCGGGUCAGCGCCGAGCGCAACGUCAAGGAGGCCGUUCUGCAGCUGGACCAGAAGUACCGGGAGGUGCGACCGGCACCACCCCAGGGCCACACCCGCCUGGAGCUCUACAGCCAGCUUUACGUGGGUGCUGCCGGCGGCCAGAGAGGCUUCCUCGGCUGCAUCCGCUCCCUGAAGAUGAACGGCGUGACCCUCGACCUGGAGGAGAGGGCAAAGGUCACGCCCGGCGUGAAGCCCGGCUGCUCGGGCCACUGCAGCAGCUUCGGCACCUACUGCCGCAACGGGGGCAAGUGUGUGGAGAAGUACAACGGCUACUCGUGCGACUGCAGCAACACGGCGUUCGACGGCACCUUCUGCACCAAAGAUGUGGGGGCCUUCUUUGAGGCAGGCACCUUCCUCCGGUAUAAUUUCAUGUCCGAGCUGGCUGCGGCGUCGUCCCGGGAGACCAACCUGACGCGGGAGGAGCUGUCCUUCAGCUUCAGCACGUCCAGUGUGCCCAGCAUCCUGGUCUACAUCGGCUCCAGGACACAGGACUACCUGGCCGUGGUGCUGCGGCAGAAUGGAACGCUGCAGAUCCGCUACGACCUGGGCGGUCUUAGAGAGCCCUUCACCAUCAACCUGGACCAGCGCAACAUGGCCAAUGGGCAGCCGCACAACGUCAACAUUUCCCGCGUGGACAGGACCGUCCAGCUUCAGCUGGACCACUACCCUCCAGUGAACUAUUCCCUGCCGGAGGCUUCAGACACCCAGUUCAACCUCAUCAAAGCUCUCUUCCUGGGAAAAGUUUUUGAGACCGGCCAGAUCGACCCAGUGCUCAUCGAGAAGUACAACACGCCGGGCUUUGUGGGCUGUCUCUCGCGGGUGCAGUUCAACGGUGUCGCCCCCCUAAAGCUGGCGCUGAGGUCGCGGGUCGCAGCCCCCGUCUCCGUCCAAGGGAAGCUGGUGGAGUCCAACUGCGGGGCCACGCCCCUGACCAUCUCGCCCAUGUCGGCCGCCACCGACCCCUGGCACCUGGACUCAGCCCGUGGCGACUUCCCCUUCAACGAGGAGAGGGUCGUACCCGAUGGCGUCAACAGGAACUCCGCCAUCAUCGGGGGCAUCAUCGCCGUGGUGAUUUUCACCAUCCUCUGCACGCUGGUGUUCCUGAUCCGCCACAUGUUCCGCCACAAGGGCACCUACCACACCAACGAGGCCAAGGGGGCGGAGUCAGCGGACAAUGCCGACGCCGCCAUCAUCGUCAACGACCCCAAUUUCACCGAGACCAUUGACGAGAGCAAGAAGGAGUGGUUCAUCUAACCCGGGGGAGGGGCGGGCAGGGGGGGCACAUUAAUCCCAGUGCUUUUUGAGAAUCAGGUCAAGCCGGAAAUGGGUGAGGAGGAGAAGUCCCAGCGGAGGAAGUGUAUACAGUGACUGCUUUGUCCAUAACGUAUUGUGUUUGGAGCUUGAGGAGUCCUGUCAGUAUUUCAGCGACAUUUCAUGCAGAAGCAUCGUUUCCGGUACUUUCUGCAGGACUGAUCCACCCCUGCUCCCUCAGAUGUGGCUGUCGGGGGACAUCGCCCAUCCUCAGACUCCAAACAGACCCCACACACAAUGAUAUGACCACGUAUGCCAAAUCCCCUGUGUAAAUAAUCUAACAGUGCAAGUAUAAGCAGUGAUGUUAGCCUGUAUGUUCUGUGCGUGCGUACCACAGGCAGGACUCCGACACAGCUUCUCUCUUAUUUUCUUUUGUUCUGUUCUUUCGGUUUCCAAGGAUUAUUUGAUAUUUUAGUUGUCAUGUAUUUCUGUCCAAAUGACAUGUACAUUUUCUAUGUUCGAAGGCUCACUGCGAGGUUGGAACAUGAUGAGUUUGUUCUUUUUGUCUUAGUAAACUGGAAUGUUCUGGAAGCGAGCGUUCCGUGAGUCUGUUGUGCUGGUGGUGGGAUACAUGGUGGCACCUCAUCAAGGGGCUUCAUCCAGGGUGCCGGUGGGGUGCAGCCACUUUGCUUCAGCAUGGGCGGUGAAUCCUCACCGUCCAAACACAAGAGCGGGUUCCACAGCGAAUCCUCCCCGUGCAAACAAAAGAGCGGGUUCCGUGUCACUCAGUGAGAGCCGACUAACACGGCCUCGCCGGCUGCCAUUUUUAUUUGACCAGGCACAGCUUAAACGUUCUUCUCCCAAAUUCGUCGGUGAUGGAGAGUCAUCUGAAGUCAGAAAGGUUCCCGGAAAGUCCAUGAAACGUACCGUAACAUUUCCCAUUUCCACAUAUUGCCAGGUACACAUAAUAAUGGACUGAUCCGGUCCAGGUCGGGUCGGUUUGUCACUCCAUGUCCUACAGGUUUCCGUUCAGUCCAGUUCCCCGCUGGACCUUCUCCGGCCUCCUGGACGAUGCACCUGACUGAGAAAGGCACAUGUACACAGCAGGGAACCCUGCCUUCAAGAACUUAGCCUCGCUCAGGGGCACCUGAGACCUUCAGUGAGGUUCUGAGAACGUCAUUUCCAUGCAAACAUCCAUCAACCACCUGCCUGUGUUUUGGGGGGUCAUUUAAUGGCACACAUACUGAACCGGAACAGUAAUGACUGCAGUGAUGAAGGUGACCUUAUCAGUGCUGGUAUCACCUAGUGUCCCAUCUCUAAAUCCACAAUACAGCAGUGUACUUAACGCUGACAAAUCCCCACCUGUGAUUAAUAAGUAUUUUCCUCAAUACACUUUAUUCAUAAGCGGCGUACUGGUUCUCAUGAGCGGUGUGCUGGUUCUCAUGAGCGGUGUGCUGGUUCUCGUGGGCAGCGUGCUGGUUCUCAUGAGCGGUGUGCUGGUUCUCGUGGGCAGCGUGCUGGUUCUCAUGAGCGGUGUGCUGCUUCGAUGGCUGGCACUGUUGCCUCACCCCUGCGUUGUUGGAGAUCUGAUUCCCAGCUUUACCCUUUGUGGAGUCUGCAUGUUCUCAUGUCUAAACUGCCCCUAGUGUGUGACAUUGUGUGACAUGUGACAUUGUGUGUGCCAUGUUAUGGGCACCCGUCCUGCCUGGGAUGCGGGCUACAGCUGCGAUUAGCGCCAGACCUCCUGUGAGCCUGACCAGGAUAAGCAUCUGAAAGAUCAAUUUGAUAAUUUGACGAACCAUUAAAAAGGAAUCGUUUUUCUCCUCUAGAUGGAGAGUAAGUAAAUACUGGGCUCCAGCAGUGCUUAAAGGUGCUUGGGUACAAUCUUUGGGGAUAUCACUACACUGCAGGAAUGUAACAAACCUGGACUGCCACCUACUGGCCACCCACAGAGUGGCAUGGCAGUCUUAGUCAUCACUCAUGAAAUCUUCACUAAAACCAUGGCUUGUAGGCAUAUUUUAGGCAUGCGUCACUGACAGCACUGGCUAAUACUGAUACACUAUAUAAUAUUGUAGUAAAAGAGGAAAUGUUCAUUUUUUACUUCAGGCACCUUUACGGACACCUAUAACUGGCUAUUCUUUGUUGUCACUAAACAAUGUCCAUUUAAACAGCAAAAUUCUUCCGCUGGAAUUCUUAGCAAAUGAAUGAAGACAAGGUUAUUAAAAAAACAAUAACGUCGAAAUCUAUGUUCCGCUAGUACACUCAUUGUCUCCUCUUGGGAUCCAUUGACGAGUCACAGUCAGACAAAUUGCCUCACUCACGGUCCUCAAAUGUAGAAAAUACCAUACAGAGAGAAAACCACAACGAGGGUGCUUUUGGUACCACAUUUUUACCAUAGUAAUCAUAUGUACUUUUUUAAAUGACUUUCUGACACCUUAUGUUGCAAAUGUUUUAAUGCAAAAGCUUGGAAAGGUUUUUUAAUGUUUACAAGAAGCCGAAACUAGCGGAACAGAUACUAAACCAAAAAUGCAGGAUAGGUCUGCUUUGGCUGUGGUCUGUGCCGAGACACUGAGACACCCACACUACAAUGGGACCAAACUCUGCCCCAACAAUAAGGCCGAUUCCUUCAAAGGCUUCAGCUGUCAGACAGAUGGGAGGGUCUGGGUGUAGGUCACAGUCAUGCCAGUGUCUAUCCCAGCAUUCCUGUCCCCGAUGCAGAGGGAUCUGGGGGGAUUCACCUCCAUCACCCAUCCACUGCUUGCCGCCACGGAUCAGGUUCCGGAUCAUUAAAGAGAGUUCUGACAGCAGCAGCCUAAGCAGAUGAUUCAUCUCAGUCACAAUGUGCUGCAGAUUUUAUGAGUAUAUUUUCGAGGCUGACAACCGCCAUCCGUGUGUUCUUCAAUAACAAGGGACAAGUGGAAACGGUUUUUGAGGAAAAUGUACCAAUGCAUGACCUCUAACCCUAAUGUACACUCAUCACAUGUAAUGGCACACGUGUACUGUAUGCAAUAGCACAUGUAAUGGCACACAUGUACUCUAUGCAUGAGUUCAUGUAUCAUACAAUCACUGUAUGCAGCAGAUCCUGUAAUGACACGCUGUAUGUCUGCAGUAUUUCUCCUGCUAAAUGCUGUUCGGCAAAAUGUAAGCUUUUCUUUCCUUCUGUUUUUUGGUUUGCGUUUUCAAAUAUCCUGUCCCCCUUUAAUGUCGCAGUGAGCGGCACUCCUUAGCUGGGAAGCGAUGGCAUUGUCCUUUGAUUGCAGGUUUGCCUGGUGUCACGCUCUCCUUCAGGGGAGCCUGAUAAGGAGACAGUGUUCCCGUUUUACCCUAUUUUUUACACUGGUGAAAAGUAUGAAGUUCAAGCCACUUCUGCUGCAAACACCUUACCUUUCCUAUAUUCCUACGCCUUCCUGUAAAUUACACCCAAACUUAAUCCACUAGCUAUAUAUCCACACCUUUAAAUGUAAAUAAAGAGAUAUGUGGAGUUUGCAUUGAAAUACAGUACAAUUCUUUUGAGUUUGCCAUCGAAAUCAUAAAUUCUGAGAAGUUUUAUGUACAUUUUUACUUUGGUAUGCAGUGAUGAGAUCAGAGGUCACCGACAAGAGUGAUUCACUUAAUAUAUGAUCUAUAAUUUACUCUGUAUAUUUUUAUGACACCUAUUGCUUGUGUACUUUAUCUCCAUGGAAGCAUGACAAUUAUACAAGAAUCUGUACAAACCUAACUGUAGACAAUUGUGGAGAUAUUAUAUAUCAAUAUAUACUCUAUGGGAAACUUUUUAAAAACUUUCUUAAGGUGGGGAAAAGGAUAAAAAUGCAGAGGAAUUUCUACAUAAUAUUCAGUUGGCCUUCGGUCAUAUAGUUAUGUUUGUCACAGUCUUUUACAGUGUAUAAAAUGACUAACAUUAGGAAAGAUGGACAUGUAAUUAGCUAAAAUAAAAGAGGAAUAUUAUAGACAUUCUUAAAGAAAGAGAUAUGGCAGACUUUUUUUAAUUAGGAAGGCUGCAGAAUCGAGUCUUGUUGUAAUACUAACCUUUAAAAGGGGAUCACUGUCUCUUUAAAAGAUGACUGUCUUUGUAAUUUAUUUUUUUUAAGAGUUUACAAAGUAUGUCAAGCCUUAUUUGGAGUAUUUAAUGUGGUUUGGUAUAAAGUAACAGCAUUAAAAAGCCUUGCUAGGAA